AGCGGGCAGGCCAAAUGGGGAGCUGGCAGCCCCUGCCCAUCUGGGGGCCGAGGCUCCUUUAAUUUGGAUACCUUAAAAGGCUCUCGGGAGCAAGGGGCUGGGUUCUUAUCUCCUGAGCUCUGGACAGUGCCUUAUUUAUAGCCCUGCUGACAAGAGGCGGCAGCCGGCCAGCAGCUGCAUACGCAGUUGGGGCCAUCCCACAGAGCGCUUGGCCCUGCGCUGCCGCUGUCCCUUUUGGCCAGGCUGGAGGACAGAAGGACAGGACAGAAUGAAGCUCUGAGCUAAAGAGGCACUAGUAGCUGACCUCUGAGAGCUUGCCGUGUGCUGGGUGGUUGUGAGGAGAACACGCUUGUGCACACCCUCGUGUGAUCUGCAGAACCGCUCUGUGAGGAGUGCUUCCAGUCUCCUGGCUUACAGGCUGUUGAAGAGCCGGGCGUCACGAUGACUGAGCGCUUUGACUGCCACCAUUGUGAAGAAUCUCUCUUUGGCAAGAAGUACAUCCUGAGGGAGGAGAGCCCCUACUGCGUGGCGUGCUUUGAGGCCCUCUAUGCCAACACUUGCGAGGAGUGUGGGAAGCCCAUCGGCUGUGACUGCAAGGACUUGUCCUACAAGGACCGACACUGGCAUGAGGCCUGUUUCCACUGCUCGCGGUGCAAGAGCUCGCUAGUGGACAAGCCCUUCGCUGCCAAGGAGGACCAGCUGCUGUGCACGGGCUGCUACUCCCACGAGUACUCAUCCAAGUGCCAGGAAUGCAAGAAGACCAUCAUGCCAGGUACCCGCAAGAUGGAGUACCAGGACAGCAGCUGGCACGAGACCUGCUUCGUCUGCCGCCGCUGCCGGCAGCCCAUCGGCACCAGGAGCUUCAUCCCGAAAGACAGCCAGAACUUCUGCGUGCCCUGCUAUGAGAAACAGUACGCCGUGCAGUGUGUUCAGUGUCAGAAGCCCAUCACCACCGGCGGCGUCACGUACCGCGAGCAGCCGUGGCACCAGGAGUGCUUCGUGUGCACCGCCUGCAAGAAGCCGCUGUCGGGCCAGCGCUUCACGUCCCGGGAGGAGUUCGCCUACUGCCUGAGCUGCUUCUGCAACCUGUAUGCCAAGAAGUGUGCCGGCUGCACCAACCCCAUCAGCGGACUUGGUGGCACGAAGUACAUCUCCUUUGAGGAACGGCAGUGGCACAACGACUGUUUUAACUGUAAGAAGUGCUCCCUCUCACUGGUGGGGCGAGGCUUCCUCACAGAAAGAGAUGACAUCCUGUGCCCUGACUGCGGGAAAGACAUCUGAAGCCCACACAGCUGCUUGUGAUGCGCACGGAUUUAGACACACUCAUUCUCCACCAGGCAGUACUGUGUCUGGUCUCCACCUGCCACGUUGAGACUUUCCUCUUGUGCUUCUCAGUGAUAGUCACAUUUGUUUAAAACCUUUAAUCCUUUGUACUAGCUCAGUCCCAGGGAAGGAGGAAACCCUUCUGUAAACCCUUCCUCGGUAGGAAGAUGGUGUUGAAUUUUUGUAAUCAAGCAAGGCAAAUCCAAGUGUAAAAAUCCUUUUGAAUGACAUCUUUAUACAUGUAUCUUUCUUUCACUGCGUAUUUAAUUUUUAAGUGCAAUUAACAUGUCACGAACUUGAGUUUUCCAAACUACAUGAGAUAAUGAAGAGUGGGCAUUUACAACUGUGUAGCUUCCUGUCAUGUAAGACCUAGAGCAAGAUCAUAUAGCUUACAAUAAAGUUAUCCAGAACAAAAUCCUUGGCCACACACAGCGCGUGAAAUAAUGAUUAAACAUUGAAAUUCUGA